GAUAACAACUUCAGAAGUGGGAUAGACACCAUUUAAACAUCCGCCUACAUAAACAUUGUUGGCUAUCCGAAGACGCACAAGUUUUUUUUCCUAUAAUUGCGUUUUGGCGAGUGACGCCAAAUUGGAAUGGACAAGGCGAACAUUGUAGAGUGGCUUCAAGCCAAUGAAAUCAGGUUUCCAGGAAGUGCAACUUUAAGACAACUGCGCAAGCUUGCAUUGGAUGCCGGUUGCCAGGAUGCGGCUAAUAUCCCAGAAAGCCUAUUGGAGGAAGAAGAUGCCAAAAUUGAGGUUGUAAGCCAGCGGAGCGCUAGCGAAGACAUCGACGAAUUAGAAGAAGAAGAAGCACUACUUGACGCCGCCAUAAGGGUAGCUAAGAAGAAGAAGAUACUGGCCGAAUUAAUGCGAAACGACAGCAAGACUACAGAUGACAUUCGUAUGGUGAAACAGCUCAUGAUUCCGUUUUCUGCCACUGAAAAUGAGGAAGCCUUUAAGUGGAUUUUGGAUUUUGAGAGAAUCUGCAGAGAUGUUAACGAGUGUAAAAAUUUCCAAUUACGCUGCGUACGAAUGCUGAUGAAACCGGGAACAGAUGCCGACUUGUUCUUGCGUGUUGACCAAUCGAAUACUUAUGACGCAUUUAAAGAGAACUUUAUAAAAACAUUUGGUCGUGGUAGUUCAACUGCUGACAUCGUAUUGCUGUUAAAGGAGACCAUUUUCAACCCGCUGAAAAACACUGUUAUGGGAUACAUACUUCUUAUGGAGGAAAUUGCUAUGCGUGCUAGCAUCGAAGAAAAAUUGACAGUUCAGCUUAUAAUUGAUGGUUUUCGCGAUCGUUCAGCCAAUAUCGCCCUAUUGUACACAGCAACAACAAUCGAAAAAUUGAAGGAGUUGGCACGGAAGUAUGAAAAUCUAACAAAGAAGUCCCAACAUUUUUCCCUCCGCUCAGAAAACACUAGAAAAGAUCGGAACACAAUCCGUUGCUACAAUUGUUCCGCUUAUGGGCAUUACGCUUCGUCGUGCACUGCGCCGAAGCGCGAGAAGAAUUCCUGCUUCCGCUGUGGAUCGCUCCAGCACAUGCUAAAGGAUUGCCAACAGAAGCCAGCAAGUAACCCAAAAAUGGUGGGAGCAGCCAACAACCAGCCGAUACGGGAUGACGAAGAGGAGCCAAAUAUGUUUAUUCCGAUUAUUAACCAGCGCCAUUAAUUUAAUUCAACACGCUGCCAUUCCUUAUAAAAAACUUAGCGAUGUAUUGUUUCCGACUGACUAUUGUGGAGUUAAUGGAUUUAAGAUUAAAACUUUCGGAAAAAUAUUUGUUAAGCUCGUUUUUCAAAACAUAGAAGAAGAAAUCUCAUUUUUUGUUGUACCCAACAACUAUGUUGCAACUAAUGUUCUUUUAGGGCGUAAGUUUUUGGAAAAAUUUGGAAUAAAAUUGAUUUCUAAGUAUAAAGUAAAAGAAAUUAUUGAAUUGAAUAGAUUAGUGAAUAGUGAACCAUUGAAUAUUUUAGAGAAUAGUGAACCAUUGAAUAUUUUAGAGAAUAGUGAACCAUUGAAUAUUUUAGAGAAUAGUGAACCAUUGAAUAGAUUAGUGAACAGUGAAACAUAUCGAGACAGUGAUCAAUUGAUAGACAGUAGAAGUUUUGAAGACUUAUGUGAAGAAAGUGAAAUUGAUAGUGAUAACAGCAUACCAGAGAUAUAUAGUAUAGAUGUAUUUAAGGAUGAUGAAAGUUUUGACAUUGACCCAAAGUUGAGUGAUAGAGAUCGGAGUGAGCUCAGUGAAAUAAUAAGAUUGAAUUAUUUAUGUUUAUCUAACAUCCCAGCGAUUCAACAUAGUUUCGAAAUGAGGUUAAGACUAAAGUCAGAAGAACCUGUACGUUCUGUUCCAAGAAGACUUUCAUAUCAGGAAAAGAAAGAAGUAGAUUUUAAAGUUGACGAAUUAUUGAAAAAAGGAUUUAUAAGAGAAAGCAAUUCGCCCUAUAGUUCUGCUAUUGUACUUGUUAAGAAGAAAUCUGGGGAAAAGCGCAUGUGCGUAGAUUAUAGGCAACUUAAUAAGAUAACCAUUCGUGAUGGAUACCCGCUUCCCCUUAUAGAUGACUGUUUAGAGCGUUUAGAAGGAAAUCAAUACUUCACACUUUUAGAUUUGAAAAGUGGAUACCACCAAGUGAAAGUAGCAGAAAG